AUGGCUGCCGAGCUGACCUCUAUAAAGCUCAACCCGGAAAGCCAUCUGAUCUUGGACCAACCACUCCUCCGCCUCCCCCAUGAACUGGCUCGACGAAACUUCAAGACCGUCCAACGAGUAGUCGAGCGAGAGAAAGAAUAUGUUCUGCCCGCACUCAAAGAGGCGGCAAACGCCUCCUUAUCCAAUACUCACACGCCGGAUCAGACACUCGCAGCACUAGAUGCUAUGAUAGCUCGCAUGCAAGGACUGAAGCGGAAGAUGCAGAGCCUCCAAGAGGAAGAGAAGAAGAUUCAGACGCAAUCGAGGAAACGUAUUCAGCAUCUGGAGGCGCUGUACCAGAUUCCGAGUCUGGCGGAUGUCAAGUAUGAUCAAUGGUCACGCGUGCGUCUGGAUCGAUUGCUGGUGGACCAUAUGUUGCGGUCGGGAUACUCUGAGAGUGCGAAGCAGCUAGCUCAGGAGCGGGACAUAGAAGACUUGGUUGAUCUGGAUGUCUUUACACAGUGCCAGCGGGUCGUGGAGAGCUUGCACCGGGGAGAGACUAAAGAAGCGCUGCAGUGGUGUGGUGAGAACAAAGCUGCUCUUAAGAAGAGCCAGCACAAUCUUGAAUUCGAGCUUCGGCUACAGCAGUACAUCGAAAUGGUCCGGACACAGGACCCAUCAAAGAAAAUCGACGCCAUCAACCAUGCCAGGAAGUAUCUAGUCUCAAACCAAGACCCAGACAGCAAGGAAAUCCAACGGGCAGCAGGAAUGCUGGUCUUUGCUCAAGAUACCCGGGCAGAACCAUACAAGACAUUCUUCUCGCAUGAACGGUGGAAGUUCCUCUCAGACCUCUUCAUCCAAACACACCAUGAACUCUUAUCCCUCCCGUCGCAGCCAUUAUUACACAUAGCCCUCUCUGCGGGCCUAUCUGCGCUCAAGACGCCACUGUGUCACUCCGCCUACACUUCCUCCAGCUCCAACUCCCAGUCUACCACGACUUCCGUCUGCCCCAUCUGCUCUACUGAACUGAACGAGUUGGCGCGCAAGAUGCCGUAUGCGCACCACUCGAAGAGUUACGUGGAAGGUGAUCCGAUCGUGCUGCCUAAUGGUCGUGUCUACGGUAAGGCGCGACUAUUGGAUAUCAGCAAGAAUGUCGGAUCCGUCGAGUCGGGUAAAGUCAAGGAUCCCACGACGGGCGAAGUCUUUGACGAGAGCGAGAUGAAGAAGGUGUACAUCAUGUAA